CAGCAGUGCCCCCACCUGUGCCACUCUGCAGUGCCACCUACCUGUGCCCAGAAGUGCCACCUACCUGUGCCCAGCAGUGCCACCCCCCUGUGCCCACCCACCAGUGCUGCCCACCAGUGCCACCCACCAGUGCAGCCCAGCAGUGCUGCCAGUCAGUGCCGCCAUCAGUGCCGCCAGUCAGUGCCCAGCAGUGAUGCCAGUCAGUGCCGUCUAUCAGUACCCAUAAUCAGUGUCACCUAUCAGUGCUGCCUAUCAGUGCUGCAUAUCAGUGCCGCCUAUCCGUGACCCCUAAUUAGUGCUGUCUAUCAGUGCCGCCUAUCCGUGCCACCUCAUUAGUGC